CACCACCAUUGGCGGCAACAAAGUUGAGAGUUUUGCCAACGCGCAGUCAGCCAGAAACCACUUUGAGGACCUUUUCCUGGAGAAGACGGGCAACUGUUGGGGUACCGCGAAGGAGGACUUUAAGAAGAUACCCUUCAAGUUCUACCCCCUGGAGAUGGACUAUGGAGAGGAUGCAACAAAUGGGAAGCAGGAGGAAAUUCAUCACAUUCCCUCAAAGCUUGAAGUCCGGAUUCAGGCUCUAAUGCGCUUUCUCUUCGACGAAGUCUGCCUACAGAACGC